AGUCAGUUUCAAGCAUCUUGUACGGAUCCAGUUUUCUGGCAGGUGGGGUUGGAGGGUCAGUCACCCACCAGUGCUUUUACUCCAUCACACCAGCCAACAAACACAGCCGAAAAUAUUGGUGCAAAACAGCAAGGAGCGGAGUUUGCUUCACCAUCAUUUCUUCCACCGGCUACACCUCAGAAGACCACGCGGGGCGAGUGUCUCUCGAGGAUGUCCCCCAGAAAGGCACCUUCAUGGUGACAAUGACAGAGCUGAAGAAGAGCGACACGGGGACCUACCGAUGUGGCAUCGGCCCCACCAACACAGGUCUCUACGUCAGCCUGAACCUGACGGUUUUGGCAGAUGCUGGUGAGUCAGAGCCGAUCGAGCUCAUCCCUGGGAAGCUCCGUGGCUCUGUCAUGGUCCUGUGCCCACCUGGGGACAGCCAAGGUGUCAAGAAGAGGCUCUGGUGUAAACUGGGGACAACUGGAUGCACCAUCAUUGCCAACACCGAUGGCUAUGUCAGGAAGGAUUAUGAUGGACGAAUCUCGAUCACCCCUCAGGAGAGCUCUGGAGCUUUCAAAAUCCUGAUAAAUGAUUUAAGAAAGGAGGACUCGGGGCUGUAUGAGUGCAGGAUGGGAAGACUCAGCAGUCGGGACAACCCACGAGUGGUGGCUCUGCAGGUGACCGCAGCCUCCACGCUUCCCAAGAGACCAAAAUUCCUCAGCAGCACGGUCGGAGGCUCGCUGUCCGUGAAGUGCCACUACGAUCCCAAGGGGAACUACGAGAAGAAGUACCUGUGCAGGUGGAAGGAAGCCAGCUGCUCGCUGCUCCUGGAUGCUGACGGGUUUGUGCACGAGUCCUACAAAGGGCGAAUACAAAUAGCCAGCAGCGACCAGGAGAACGGGACUUACACGGUGGUGCUGAGCCACCUGAGAGAGGAGGAUGCAGGGUGGUACUGGUGCGGGGCUAAAAACGGGCGCACGGAGCACACGUCGUCUGUGAAGCUGCUCAUCCAGAAAGCCACCCAUAGCACACCCAGGCAGAGGAGCACCACGGGUCUGAAACACGCGACGGCCACCGUUCCCGGCAGCACCAGCGCCCUGCUGCCCACCACUGCCUUCCCCAGCGCCUUCGGAACUUCCCCCAGCACCUUCAUAACUUCCCUCAGCGCCUCCGUAACCUCGCCCAGCACCUUCAUAACUGCACCCAGAGCCUUCGUUACCUCUCCCAGCAAAAUCUACUCCGAGAGGCAAGUUGAUGGCCACGGUUCUCGUUGGCACUAA